AUGGACAAAACAAAUUCAACAAAUAUUUUAGAUCCUAAGGAUCGGGUUUUAAAGCUUGAAAAUUUUUCUUUUGAGGUUUUUCAAGAACUUGAAAAAGCUCCUCAUGAAAUCUAUGUGCAAAACUGUUCCAAAAAUGAAAAAAAUGAAGUUAAUGAUAAUUCAACUGUAAGCGAACAUUUGAAUAAUGCUGAUGAUCCAAGAAAUUGGCCUUCAAAAAAGAAGCUGAUAGUUUUGAUUAUCGUAACUAUCUGCGGACUAUCGACACCUAUUGCGGGAACGAUACACUAUCCUGCACUUGUUGUAAUGCAAGAGGACUUUAAUGCUUCUAUUUUGGCUAUAGAUACUUUUGGUUCUGUGUUUACGUUUUUCAUAGGAGCAUGGGCAUUAGUUUGGGCCGCUUAUUCCGACGAACUUGCAACAAGAAAAAAAGUAUAUAUCGCAUCCCUCUUGGUAUUUAUUUCAGCAUCGGUGGUAUGCGCAAUCGUAACAAAUAUUUGGUUGUUAACAGUAAUACGCUCCAUUCAAGCUUGUGGUAAUUCUGCUGUUUUGCCACUUAGUGCUGGAAUCAUAAGUGACAUUUACGGUCCUCUUGAAAGAGGACGUGCAUUUGGAAUAUUUUACUUUGUUUUUUGGAUUGGUCCUUUUCUAGCAACAAUUUUUGGUGGAUUCAUAGCUCAAUAUCUUGGUUGGAGAUGGAUUUUUUGGCUUUUGGCAAUUUUUGGUGGUCUUCUCUUAAUUUUGAUAUUAUUUUUCCUUCCAGAAACUUUUAAUGUUAAUGCUUUAAAAGCAAAUUCAAUUCUUCGACUUAAUCCAGUUGCUCCACUAAAAUUAUUUAAAUAUCCAUAUAUCACUCUUAUUAUUACAUAUAUUUGUAUAUCAACAUUAUUAAUUCAUAUUCAAAACAUUAGUAUUCCUAUAAACUUUUCUGCUCGAUAUAAUUUUACAGCUUCUGAAAUUGGUAUAUAUUUUAUUGCUCCUUCUUUUGGGCUUAUGCUUGGAAGUUUAUUAGGAGGAAAAUAUUCGGAUUAUAUAUCACAGAAAUCUAUAUUAAAUUCUGGUGAUUAUUGUCCUGAAGUAAGAAUAAAAAGCGCUUGGUUUGGUUCGUUAAUAAUUCCAGUAACUUGCUUCAUUUAUGGAUGGCUAUUAGAAAUUAAUUUUAACAUCUACGUAUUGGGAAUUUUAUUGUUUUUUUGUUCAUUCGGAAUGUUAAGCACAUUUAGCACAUUGUCUACAUACCUCGUCGAUUCAUGUCCUGGACGUGGUGCUUCAGUUAUGGCAUUAGUUAGUCUGAUUAGAUUUUGUGUGCCUGGUAUUUUAACAAUUUUUGAAACUUCUAUUGAAGAAAGUUUAGGUGUUCGUUGGAUGUUUACUUUAAUAAGUAUAUUAUGUUUUCUUAGUAUUUCAUUAUUAAUUGUAGUAUAUAUUAAUGGAAAGAAAUGGAGGUCUAAAUUUGUUGUUACAACUUAA